AUGCAAGAGAUUAUGAAGUGGGCUGACCUUGACCGUGGAGCUAAGAGCACCCUCGUGUUCGCUGCAGUUGCGGAUAUGGAGGCGAUUGGUGAUUGGACUUCUAUUCCAAGUGGUCCUAGCACCGACAUAAAAGUCACGCUAGUCGUGGAAAAGCGCCUCCUUCCCUCCUCGCAAAGCUGGAAUUGCAUCAGAUUCCCCAAGAUACUCCUCCAUAGCUCUGAGUCCUUCCAACACACUCCAAAUCCGAUUAGCUCCCAUCAGCGUGGACCGCUUUCCAUCACCCGUGCUUAUGGAUAG